GGGGGGAGAGGGUACUCAAACAGGAGGGCUCCUGGGGAUCAGUGGUCUCGGGGAUGCAGGUGCAGAGCCACAGCUUUGGGGAGGCCUUGUGUGAGGAAGAGCUUUGAGAACAACCUGAGAAGCCCACAGCAGAAAGGGCUGCCCAGGAAGAUAGUGGGUGCCCAUCUGGGAGGUUCUGAGCCAAAAGGACAAGUGCUCUUCUAGGAUGAACAGAGGGGAUUUGGGACUAGGAGGUGGGGAGGAGUCUAGGACUGCUCAGGUCCUACCUGUUAUGUAAAUUCUCCACCAGGCAGGAAUAGCAGGUGUUGGGCAGGGAGAGUGGGAUGGAGCAAGGAGCCUGCCCUUUAUGGCCAAUCGAGAUUGUUGAACUGGGAACCAGGAGGUUGAGACUGGGGCCUGGUCUCUCCUGCCUCCUUCAGCCAUGGGCUAAUACCUAGACUCUCUUGGCUCCCAGACCCAACAGGACCUAGGACCUAGGGACAGUUGUGCAGCCUCCCUGGAUGAUAAAAAUCUGCCAUAGGUGCCUCAUAGAGCUUCUGAAGUGUGUGACAAUUUGUUUGAGAUAACCUAACUCAGUUGACUCAGUCCCGGAGGAAUUUGUGGCCUGAAGGACAGGGAGCCACAGACUCUCAGAUGAAAAGUUCUCCCGAGUCGUCUAGUCCAAACUUCACUGCAAUAGUACUGAUGGCAAACAUGUGUCAGGAACUGGUUUAAGUGCUUUAUAAAUCUUAACUCCUUGAAUCCUCAGAAAACCCUAUGAGAGAAUAUAUUCUCCUUACUAGCCAUUUUACAGAUGCGAAAACGGGCACGGAGAGGUUAUGUAAUUUGUGCACAGUCACAGAGCUAGUGAGUCCUGUGCUUCCAGAACCCACAUUCUUAAUCUCUGUGCUGUACUGUCUCUAAAAGAGGAGGGAGCUGAGGCCCAGGGAGGGGAAAGGGCUGGCCUGGUCACUUGGCCAGGUAGCAGGCAUCAGGGCCUAGAUCUCUUAUUGCCAAACUUAGUCCCUUGCUGACAGUCCUCUGUUCCCACCCAGCCUCCCCUUGGGCCUCCCCAGAGUUAACAGUCACUGGGCCUCACCCAUGGACAGCAGCUCCAGCCCAAAGAGGCUGUGUCCACAUUCUCUGGCUGUUUUCCAGUCUGCAGGAGCAGAGAAAACAAAGUCCAGUGACUGUGAGGGCUGAGCAGAGGCCGCUGAAGGGGAGGAAGCAGCAGGAGCACCGAGCGGAGGGGACUGUCCGGCUCCUAGAUGCUAGGCCUCCUGGGGAGCACGACUCUCGUGGGCUUGAUCACAGGCACUGCUGUGGCUCUUCUGCUGCUGUUGCUGCUGCUGGCCACCUGCCUGCAUGGUGGACGGCAAGACUAUGAUGUGGAGAGGAAUCAUCCAGCUGUAAGGAGAAAUCGAGUCCGGCGGAUCCAGCCUUGGCUCUUCCCAGGCCGGGGCCACCUGGGACACUUGCACCGUCCCCAUCAUCCUGGCCAUGUGCCUCACGUGCACCAUGUGGGCCUCCAGCACCACCACCGCCACCACCAGGCCCACCACCAGGCCCACCACCAGGCCCACCAUCACACCCACCGUGGUCACCGCUGAUGCCUGUGGAUGGCAGCUUCUGCCCACCUACCAUCUCCAGAUGAGUGGACUCUCAUGUUCCUGCGCAGAAGGGCACCUCUCUGUGGUGAACACUGGUACUGUGCCUAGGUCCUGCUGGGGCUUCAUUUGCAUGUGGUGCCUUAGUGAACCACAGAGAAAGAGGAAAGCGGAACACCUGGGGUGGCCCUGUGCACACUGGAGGCCCUGAGGCAUGUUCCAAAUACCCCAGGAACAGCCGGAGGAAUUCCACAGGGAGGAAGGAGACCUCUUCUGAGGCCUGCAGCCUGUGUCUUGUCCUUCAAAUCCUCCUCCCUUCCUCAGUGCCCUAGGUCCACCCUAGCUCAUCCCCCAGCCUGGAUUCCCGGCACAGCCCCUCUGACUCUGCCCAGCCCCAGCCCUGCCCCUUUCUGAAGCAUCUCCAUGCUGUGGCCUGAGGGAUCUGCCGAAGGCCUCAUUACCCUUGGGAUGAAGUCUCUGCCUCUUGGUUGACCAUUCAAGGCCCCUGGUCUCUUUCAGCCUCCCCGCUUGCUCUUUUGUUCCAUUUGCAUUGCUUCAGUCAUCAACCCCAGAAAACCCUCGCUGUGUCUCUGUCUAAGAAGAAUUUGUUGCUCCCUCCUAUGGAUUUCCAAUUUAUUAUUUAUUAUUAAUUAAAUAAUACACUUAUUAUCAUUAUCA